UUUCAGCACGGGGGAAGGCACCAUAUGUUGUUCAAUAGUUAGUUAUCGAUAGGAUUGAUUGAUGCGUUUAUUUUGUCAUGGACGGGGCAGUAAUGCCAUUGACCCACUGCUACAUUUACGAAUAAUUCCCUUUGCGUACAGCACGGUGCUAGAAGAUGGCGGAGUCGGAUGGUGGGGAUUUCGCCUCGAAUCGUCCACAGAACAGUAUGGCUAACAAGAAUAGCACCCUGCGUUGCACGUUCUCAGCCCCAAGCCAUAGCGCCACUCUCCUACAGGGCUUGUCGGUCCUGCGAGCCCAGGGGCAGCUCCUGGAUGUGGUGCUGGGCAUCAAUGAGGAGCGCUUCCAGGUUCACAAGGCAGUGCUGGCCUCCAGCAGUGACUACUUCAGAGCCAUGUUCACUGGAGGCAUGAGGGAGUCAAACCAGGACACCAUUGAGCUGAAGGGCUUGUCUGCCCGCGGCCUGAAACACAUAAUUGACUUUGCCUACAGCGCAGAGGUCACGCUUGACCUGGACUGCAUUCAAGACGUACUGGGAGCAGCAGUCUUUCUACAGAUGGUCCCAGUCGUUGACCUCUGCGAAGAAUUCCUCAAGUCGGCUAUGAGCGUAGAGACCUGCCUGAACAUCGGCCAGAUGGCCACCACCUUCAACCUGACCUCCCUCAAGGAGUCUGUGGACACCUUCACCUUCCGCCACUUCCUGCAGAUUGCCGAGGAGGAAGACUUCCUGCACAUCCCCAUGGAGCGCCUGGUCUUCUUCCUGCAGAGCAACAAGCUGAAGAACUGCAGCGAGAUUGACCUGUUCCAUGCUGCCAUCCGCUGGCUGCAGCACGACGAGGCCCGCCGAGCCGGUGUAAACGAGGUCCUCUGCCACGUGCGAUUCCCCCUCAUGCCCUCCUCGGAGCUGGUGGACAGUGUGCAGACGGUGGACAUCAUGGUGGAGGACGUGCUGUGCAGGCAGUACCUCCUGGAGGCCUUCAACUACCAGAUCCUCCCAUUCCGUCAGCACAAGAUGCAGUCCCCGCGGACCGUGAUCCGCUCCGACGUGGUUUCGCUAAUUACCUUUGGCGGGACACCCUACACUGACAACGAUCGCACUGUGAGCAGUAAGGUGUUCUAUCUCCCAGACAUUGCAGCGCGUCAGUUCAAGGAACUAACGGAGAUGGAGACAGGAUCCAGCCACGCCUGUGUAUCAGUGCUGGACAACUUUGUGUACGUAGUCGGCGGGCAGCACCUGCAAUACCGCAGCGGUGAAGGGGCAGUGGACAUCUGCUUCCGGUACGACCCACACCUGAGCAAAUGGCUGCGUAUCCAGCCAAUGCAGGAGGGGCGUAUUCAGUUCCACCUCAACGCUCUUCAAGGACAACUCUACGCCACUGGGGGGCGCAACCGAUCUGGAAGUCUGUCGUCCGUAGAGUGCUACUGUCCUAAUAAAAACGAGUGGACCUACGUGGAACCACUGAAACGCAGAAUCUGGGGCCAUGCAGGAACUCCCUGUGGCGACAAGCUCUACAUCUCAGGGGGUUACGGUGUCUCAGUGGAUGAUAAGAAAACCCUGCACUGUUACGAUCCCACGUCUGACCAAUGGGAUUUCAAAUCGCCUAUGAACGAGCCCAGAGUGCUUCAUGCUAUGAUCAGUGCCAAAGACCGUGUUUACUGCCUGGGCGGUCGCAUGGACCACGUGGAUCGCUGCUUUGACGUCCUGGCAGUUGAGUAUUAUAUUCCAGAGAAUGACCAGUGGACCACUGUUAGCCCCAUGCGAACAGGGCAAUCUGAGGCAGGCUGCUGCUUGUUGGAUAAAAAGAUCUAUAUUGUUGGAGGGUACAAUUGGCAUCUAAAUAAUGUCACAAGCAUUGUGCAAGUGUACAACACAGAGGCUGAUGAGUGGGAGAGGGAUUUGCACUUUCCUGAGUCUUUUGCAGGAAUUGCGUGUACGCCGAUCAUACUUCCACAAACCACCACACAACGGUAAUCCUUCGGCCCAAAGUGACUGACAAUUUGAUUCAAUGUGUUCUUACUGUUGAGCUGUCAAAUUAAUACAAACAUGGCACAUUACAUAAACUAUUGUAAUAUUAGUGGUAAUCUUGAUGUAAUGUGGGUGGGUGUGUGUGUGUGUUUGAGGGAAUAAGUGGAAAUAGGAAUACGGUUUUGCUAUAAUGUACAGUGUAUUACUUCAUUUUCCAUCCUAUGGUGGAGGUCCAUGUGCUGCAUCGUAAUGAGCAGUUUUAAUGGAAAAUAAGUGUUAGCUUUCCUGGACAAACUCGCUUUUAGGGUAUUUUAAACAACACUUAAAACACUACCCACAGUCAAAAACCUAUUAACUGAUUUGCAGGAUACAGUUUUUUAAUUUGUGCCAUGCAUCAAGGAAGCAUGUUUUGAUUAUUUAAUUGAGUAUAUUCAUUCAAAUAAUAUAUAAAAAAAAUAUAUAUAUUUUUUUACAACAUAUAGGAUGACAUAUUUGACUGCUUAGGACCAUUUGAGAACUAGUGAUUGACUGAAGAAGACCUUUCAGUAGCUCUCCUAAUGUUUUAUGUUUAUUUCAGAACAUCUGUUUUUGCUGUGUAUGGUGAUGUGCUCAUUAGGCUGUUCAAUUGACUGGAGACGUUUACACACAGUCAUCAUAAUGAAACGUGUAUUCCAAACUGACAAGCUAAUAUGUCUCUUAUGGCACCGUAAUCAUUUUUUUCAACCCCUUUGUGUAAGUGUGUAAGAACAUCUGUGUUUACUGCUCCUUUGGUAGGUAUUAGGUAGGCUUCCUGAAUAUUCUGAAGUCUCUUAUACUGUGUAUAAUCAAUAUACUGUAGAUCAGAAUGAAGUGCUUUUGUCUUGUCCAUCUCUUGCAGUGUUUAGUUGUGGGGGAAACUGGUCAAGUGGUCGGAUAUAUUUUGGUGCCACGUUCUUUCUCCAAGCUCCUACAUAAAAGGACAGCAUCGGUGUGAGCACUAUGGUAAUGAAUUUACCUAGACAAGCGUACUGCUUUCAUUUAUCCAGUCCUGCCAGAACUGUGAAACUCAAAGAGCUGGGCGCAAGGCGCUGAACUUCACAUAAGGGUCAAAGUAAAGGCAUAGAUGGAAAGAACAGCACAGCGCACAAGCAGUGAUAUGUGAUUAUUUUCCCUAGUGUAUUUCUUACCUUAGUACAGUGCAGAUGGUAGCAUUUUUGUUUUAUGAAGAGUAGCCUAUUUGUGAGGCUUUCAGUAUUGUAUGCAAAACUGAUAUGGCUUUUACUGAUUUUAGAAUGUUGGCAAUGCUGAGACAAGCUGAAUUUUAUUUGGAAGCACAACAUGGCCCUCGUUGAAAAAUGUUUGGUUCUGAAAAUGUCACCUGUUUGCCUUAGUAACAGGGUUUUUGUGAUGGUUUGUCUGUCCAACUCAAAGCACAUAGUUAUCUAUUAAGUGCAUUAUAAGUGGAAUUCACUGUAAUCCAAUGAGAAUGUCGACUUUUCUGUAUCCAAAUGUAUAACUUUAAUUAAAGGUG